UCUUGAAGAGACAAAACUGGAGAGAGUUUGUGGCCUUUUCCGACGUCGAAAAAAUGAAUAACAGUGGUGAGAAACGGAGCUUUGUGAACUACACAUGGGGUUCACAAGACAAGACGGUGAACAUCAAUCCGAUACUGCUAAGAUUCCGUCCUAUCGCUCCGAAACCGGUUGCCGGAGAGUCUGGUUCCAGUGAGAGUCAGUUUGGUAACAAAAACUUGUUGCUUUGUGAGCCAAGAGCUAAAAGAAAGUACGUAAGGGCUCGAAAGAAUAAUAUCAAGGGAAAGAAAUUAUCAUCAUCAACAACAACACCAGAUCAUGAUAAAACUGAAAAUAUUGUGACUCUGCAGUUAUUACCGGAGAAACCCGAAGCGAAUGGUUCAAUUAACAAUGAAAACAGUGCAGUUUCGGAGGAAAAUAAUCAAGAUCUACUACCUUCUUUGUUUAACUCGUACUCGAACAGCCGUUGGAUUAAUCGUAUCGGACUUUUGGAGGAACCUGAUCGGACGGCCGCGGCGAGUCAAACUGAAAGGGAAACGGUGGUUGAGUCGUGGGUUACCGUGGAGUGCGUGACGGAUACUUGCAUGGCAGGGAGAAAGCUAGGGUAUACGGAUGUGGAGAAGAUGAAGAAUCUGGAGGCCGACACGUGUCCAGGGUUUAUAUCCGACGGUUUGAAUAGGGUCCGGUGGGUUAACGGGGCAUAUAAGACGAUGCUGACGGCGGGAAAAGGGCGUAAGGAGUGGCUGCCGACAGUGUUGCCGCCAGAGAUAAAGGUUUGGCUUGUGAUUAAAGAAGAUUUACCUAAAUUUUGCACUGCAUUUUCAUGCAAGGUGAGGUUGCAGUUCACGUGGCAGAACAAGUGUUCCACGAUAAUGUUGCACUGUGAUGUCUGGAAAAUGGAUCGCGCCGGUGGCGAACGCGGUGGUUUUGCAUGGCGGCUCGACGUCGAGGCUGCUCUCGGUCUCGGCCGUUAAGGUAAACAACAUAUCCAAGGAAUAAAAAAAGUAGAAUAAUAAGUUA